AUGUCUGGAUUAAAUCCUUUCCGCCCUAAAAAGCCAGAAGAUCUGACAGCGCAUCGACAUCAGCCGCAGUCCUCUCUGUCCAUAACCUCCCCACCAAAUAUCCCGGAUCCCAUCUUCUUUGGCCAUCCGUCAAACACUCCAGUUGCAACAAACCAGACAAACCCCCCGCCGCGGAGUGCCAGUGCUAGCGCCACUCCACCUCCGACAGUCAGUGCGCCAGAUCUUGACGAUUCAGUGACUUCGGAUGAUCAAUCAAGUUCGGAUCCUUUCAGUCAGGAUGCCGAUGUAAGCGACUAUGAGGCAGAACGGGCCAAAGCCCCAUCAGACGCCUUAGCGACAGCUUCCUUGGAUGCCCAACAACGUCACCAAGGAACAACCCGCACCACUACCCCCUCGAGUCAAUCGUCAACCGAAACUGAUCUCUCUGGCGACCAAAACCCGAAGACUGGUAAUCGAGUACAUGCCGAAAACGGUGGAGAGUUGCGAGAAAGUACAGCGAUUGCCAGCUCAUUACCCUCGCGCCAGACGCCUGUUUCAAUGGGGGAACCAGGCAGUGAUAGCACAGCUAAUGAGCCGGCACCAUAUACACACUCUAGAAAAUCGAGUCGACCGGUCUCAUUAGGGCCAGGCAUAGACCUAAACACCCUUGCGACUCGUUCUGGAAAUAGGGAUAGAGUGCCACCACCUCCCCCGAAAAGUCAUCAUGGGAAAUUAAUUAGUCCUGAUCUGAGCAUAAUCCCGCCAGCAUCCCAGACUACUCCCGGAAAAGCUGCGAGCCGGGUAUCGUUUCACGGCCCUUCUCCAGGUCCCUUGGCUUCCCCUCGAAUAACACAAGCAACUCCAGAUUACUUCGGCACACCCUCAAGCCAACCCUCUGCGCCCGCCGAUACUCUUCGGCGUAGUCAAUCCCAAUACAAACGACCUCCCACUCCACCGUUGAGUCGACGGCAUAGUCAGAUGAGGCGUUCCAAGUCCGCUCUUUCAAAACCAAGCUCUUCCCAGCUGUCUGUGUCCCAUUCGACGAUUGAGACUACUGCAUCAACGCCCUCAAGUCCUGGUUCUCGGUCGCCAACUCCCUCGCUACGGAGUAGAGAUUCCAGAAGUGACCAGAUCAUCCCUGAUGACUCAAAUCCCAACUUUACCUUGCAAUCGGAGAAUAUAGCACCGUCCUCCAUGCAAUCUACGGAAGUAUCGGGGCUAGGAACGCAGCCGAAUCCUCGAACCGCUUCGAAGCGAUCAUCACUCCUAAAUACUCUACCACCGCCCCCGCCUCCUCGGCGCACUCGCGGGAGCAACCACAGUAACGAUAACAAUCGGCCCGCCGGUCUGCGUUCAGAACAACGCGCAGAUGAGCCUGGAGACUUUGCCUCCCAUCCAUCAAAUGCGACGGAUAUCCUGGCAGAUCUGUCGCGUUUGCAGAAAGAGGUAGAUGAUCUUCGCGGGCAUUACGAGAACCGGAGGGCCCAGUAA